GGCCCGGGGCGUGUGUUGUCGUUUUCUGCCGCGGCUGACUUAAACAAUUAGUAGACAAGUAGACUCACAGUCCAGAGAAAAUAAGACCUACAGUAUAUGGAAAGUAUGGAAGAAAUACAGCAGUCGAUGCCUGGUCAUCUGAACGGUGACAUAACCAAGAAGAGAGAAGAUUACCUGGAAUGGCCAGACUACUUUAUGGCUGUAGCCUUUCUGUCAGCCCAAAGGAGCAAAGACCCAAGCUCACAGGUCGGGGCCUGUAUCGUGAACCAGGAGAAUAAGAUAGUUGGCAUCGGUUACAAUGGUAUGCCCAAUGGCUGUGACGACGACCUACUACCGUGGUCCCGGUCUGCUGAUGACCGACUUGAAACUAAAUACCCAUAUGUGUGCCACGCAGAGCUGAACGCCAUUAUGAACAAGAACAGUGCUGAUGUGAAAGGCUGCACCAUGUAUGUGGCUUUGUUCCCCUGCAACGAGUGCGCCAAGCUCAUCAUCCAGGCAGGUUUGAAGGAAGUGGUUUAUCUUUCUGACAAGUACCAUGACACGCCGGAGAUGACUGCUUCCAGAAAGCUGCUCAGCAUGGCAGGCGUACAGUUCAGGCAGUUCAAGCCCAAGAAGACAGAGAUUGUCAUUGAUUUUAAUUCCAUUAACCACCCUGGAAUGCUGAACACCACAACCAAGAGAAAAAGAGGCGGGGAGGAAGAAGAAGACUGAUGAGAUUGACAGGGGCUUUUAAAUGGGCAUAUGCUAUUGUACUCGCAAGAAACAUUUUUUAUAACACUUUGUCAUUUAACAAAGAGAAAGCAAUUUAACAUACUUCAUCUCCUGUGGUACUAGCUUGUAUUCCAAGCUAACAAAGUAAUUGUUUUUAUUAAAUGACAAAAUGAUGCUAGAUUAGAAUGAUCAGUGUAGCUGCUUUGUGAAUGGCCCAGUUAUUCCAGUGUGCUUUUGUAAAAUGUCUUUCUAUUCUCAGUGAUAGUAACACAACAGUUGGCUACACUGAUUGAUUGUAAUGCAUUCAGGAAUGCCUGAAUGCUGUGGGUGAUUGGUCAUAAUGUUUAUGUUUAAUGCAAAGCGGCAGCGGAUUCUCUUCUAAUUUUCAUUGAAAACUCUGCUUUUAUUUUAGAUUUCUCUCGUGUUUUUAAAAUCACAUUCAUUUAUUGUGUCUGUGGAUGAUUAUAAUAUCUUCAAAGACCACCUUCAGUUACAUUGAAAACUUUUUUCUUUUUU